CUGAUAUAGUAGAACCGAAGCGCAACCCGGAACAUUUUCAUCGUAACUCCCCACAUCAACAACGUUCGUGUGUUAAAGCGGUGGAGCUGCUUGAUAUUUUAGACAUGUUUUAACUAAACGCUUUGUAGAUACUGAAAUCCAGGAUUAGACACAGAUACAGACAUACAAAAUGUCCGUGGUCGGAAAAAAAGGGAGCGUGAUAUUCUGUGGAUUUAGAGCACUCGGGCUUUAUUCCAAUCAUCUUCCACACGUGGUUCGUUUCCACAAGAAACACCGGGAGUUUUAUGUGGUGACACCCGUUGGCCAGUGUUUCCACACCUACAAUGUGAAGAAACUUGGGAUUGUGGCUGUCAGUAAUGCUCUUCCUGAAGACAUCGCCUAUCUCGCUGCUGACCGAUUGCUCGUCUACGCCGCGCAUGGAAAAGUCAUUUCAGCUUUUGCAAAGAACACAGAGGUUGUUCACACUUACGAAGGCCACCAAGCCGACGUCCAUCUACUGCUUCCGUUUGGAGACCAUUUAAUAUCCGUGGACAAGGACAAUGCCGUCAUUAUCUGGGACGUGGAGUCAGAAGAUAUAUACUUGCAGAUUUCAUUUAACAAAUCCACGUUUGAAGUCGGGGCUGUUAUGCACCCGAGCACCUACCUGAAUAAAAUCCUGUUCGGAAGCAGUCAAGGGAGCCUUCAGUUAUGGAACGUCAAAUCGAACAAACUUUUGUUCACUUUUCCUGGCUGGGGCUCGGCAGUGACUGUUCUACAGCAGACUCCGGCAGUGGACGUGGUCGGCGUGGGCUUGGCUUCAGGACAGAUCGUCAUCCACAACAUCAAAUUUAACGAAACUCUGAUGAAGUUUCAGCAAGAUUGGGGUCCGAUCACGGCCUUAUCCUUUCGAACAGAUGGGAAUGCAGUGAUGGCUGCAGGAAGCCCUGUUGGACACAUAGGAUUAUGGGAUUUGGAAGACAAGAAGCUGAUUGGUCAGAUGAGAGACGCACACACCACGGCGAUAGCUGGUCUCACCUUCCUGCACGGCGAACCUCUGCUCCUUACUAACGGAGCUGAUAACGCCAUUCGGGUUUGGAUUUUUGACGUAGCGGGAGGUGAAGGACGUCUGUUGAGAUUUCGGAUGGGUCACAGCGCCCCGCCCACCAUGAUCAAACACUACGACCAGAGCGGGCAACACAUCCUCAGCGCCAGCCAAGACGGCUCACUGCAGUCUUUUUCUACUGUUCAUGAAAGGUUUAACAAGAGUCUGGGACAUGGGUCUUUUACCAAGAAGAAAGCCAAAAAGAAGGGGGCGACGUUUGACACGGCAAAACUUCCACCCAUCACCACUUUUGCAUCAGAAACUGCACGUCAGGGUGACUGGGAUGGCAUUGUGGCUUGCCACCAGGGUUUUGUAGUGAGCACAACUUGGAAUUAUCGGAAAGGCUCUAUGGGGGCUCACAGGCUGGAACCGAAGCGUUUCAACAAGAACCGCGCUCUCAGCGUUCAUGCUACGGCUGUAGAUGUCACUUCCUGUGGGAACUUUGUUGUGAUCGCUCUGUCUUCAGGACACAUAGACGUCUAUAACAUGCAAUCGGGUCUCCAUAGAGGACAGUAUGGACAAGACCGAGCGCAUUCGGGGCCAGUUCGAGGCGUCUCGGUGGACGCUCUGAAUCAGCUGACGGUCAGCGCCGGUGCCGACGGUCUGCUGAAGGUGUGGAAGUUCAAAUCGAAAGAACUCUUAAACACACACAGCCUGCAAGCGUCACCAGCUUCCACACUCUUACACAGAGACAGCGGGAUGCUAGCGGUUGCUCUUGAUGACUUCACUGUCAGUAUCUUCGACAUGGAGAUGAAGCGGAUUGUACGUCACUUCUCUGGCCAGCGUGGGCAGAUUAAUGAUAUGACUUUCAGCCCGGACGGACGAUGGUUGAUAACGGCCUCCAUGGACUGUACCAUCAGGACCUGGGACCUACCAUCUGGCAGUUUGGUCGACUGUUUCCUGGUAGACACGGCAGCCGUGAGUGUCAGCUUCUCUCCCACGGGGAAUGUCCUUGCCUCCGCCCAUGUAGACACUCUGGGUAUUUACCUAUGGUCCAAUACCACAUUGUGUAGUUUGGUGUCAUUGCGCCCUCUACCUGCAGACUAUGAACCUACAGUGGUCAUGCUGCCCGGCACCUGUCCGAGUAAAGAUGAAGAAGAGGAUGUUUUGGAACCCGAGAGCUCGGAAAUGGACGAGUAUGUGUCCCCUGCGCAGCUGGAUGAACAGCUGGUCACUCUUUCUUUGUUGCCUGAUUCCCGAUGGAAGAAUCUUCUCCAUUUGGACAUUAUUAAGAAAAGAAACAAGCCGAAAGAACCCCCUAAAGUGCCCAAAGCAUCCCCUUUUUUCAUCCCAACUGUUCCUGGACUCGUCCCUCAGUUCGUCCUUCCUGAUACAUCAUCGGAAGCACAGUCCAAGGUGUUCAACAUUGGCGUUCUGGCCCAAAAGUCUAAUUUCUACCUCCAGCUAGAAGAAGCGCUAGACAGCAAUCUCUAUGAGGCAGCAGUGAGGCACUUGAAGGAGUUGGGACCUUCUGCUAUUGACAUGGAGCUACGAAGCUUGGCACCGGAUAUGGGUGGAAAUGUUAGUGUUAUGCAGAGCUUCCUCAGGAUGAUCAGCAGCAUGCUGAGGCAGAAGCAAGACUUCGAUCUGGCACAGGCCUAUCUAGCCCUCUUCCUGAAGAUUCACCUGAGGUUGAUUGCAGAGCAACAGGUCCUCAUGCAGGAGACGGAGAAUGUUCUCGAACUGUUAGAUAGGACGUGGACCUCCAUACAGACUCUCCUCAACCAGAACAUGUGUCUUCUGUCCUACAUCAAGAGUGCGCUGUUGUAGACGCCUGAUUCCUCCACUGCCUUCAAAUAGAUUUUUUUUUUAACGUGAUGAUAUUAUUUACGAUUCUUGUUGUAUUACAUUUACUUUGAAUGAAUACAACUGCUUAAAAUACAUUGUAUAAAAAAUCUCUGGCUUUAUUUGUUUACUUUCACUAGAAAGCUAGUUUACAUUUUAACAAGGAUUCUAGAAAGCCAACAAUCAUUCAUUUAAUUUAUACUGUGUAGUCACUGGAUAAUUAACAACCGCUUUUAAGCUAGUUAAAAUAAAAGCGUCCCCAGGGUCCGUUGUUCCGUAACACAUGACAAAGAGACACUGUUCUCCAGCUAUAUAGCAUAUAAUGGGAAGCUGAAAACAAUGUUCCCAGCUCUGUAUUCUAUUAAUAUGACAUGGGUGACAUGUAGGAACUCAUCAGAGUCGUCCCCCCCCCCCAGCCCGUCGUCUUUCUCUUUCUCCCUGUUAAAAGAAGAGAAUGAGAAGAAUGAGAGUAUGAAUCCUGACUACAUUCAAUCUUUUGAAAAGUUUACUUAAUGCGAGUUAACAAUAUCAAACUGGUGAGCAUAGGACCCUUUCGAUAUGGAAAUGGCCCUGUAUAGAUACUCAUUGAUUAACUCAUUGAUUAAUUUGGAUGGAUGAUAACAACCUUCUGAGCCUACCAGUAGCUGCAACAUGCCCCCCCCCCCCCCCAUAUGACCAUAUCUAUGGGCUCAUUAACCACUGAUAACGUACAUUCAAUCGAGUGAUAACAUUCGAAGAUACUACAUUUUAUAAAUUUUUUUAUAGCCAAUUAUAGUUUCAAGCUAACAGGCAAACGUCUAGGCUCUGCUGUGAUAGUAGAAUGUUAGGCUAACGUGCUGCAUAAACUAGCAGCCAAGUGAGCUAAUGUUUUAUUGUGCAAACCAGUUGUCAAGCUAACAAGCAGGCUAACUAAAAUGAAAAUAGCUAUUAUCUUGAAUAAACAAUUAGACAAUGUGGCCUGUAACUAGCUCAUAUUUGGCUACAUGUUGUAUUGUGGUAUUUAAAAGCAUAGGUAGGUUUGCUAACAAGGGUUAGCCGUCAGACAGAAUAAUUCAAAUCGUCUGCAAAUUGAUUCUUGUUUAUCUAUUUUUACUUGGUUUUCACAUGAAAAUAAACAUUUCAACAGAUUAUCAUCUUAAACAGCAUACAAGUAAUUUGCCUACAUUUUUGAUCAAGACUUUUGUAUUGUUUGUAUGAACAUUUUUCCUCAAACAGAUAAAACAGUACCAGUGGGUUACAAAAAUGCCCUUGUUCCCAAUUACAUCCACCAAAAAAUAUUAAAUAAAUAUUUCUUCAAUA